AUGAGUGCAAUCAUUAACGAAGUGAAGGCAGCGGAAACGUCGGAUACUUCAUCCUGUGUUACCUGUUCAGGGACCGCAGAAUGCCCCACAUGUGCAGCUGAUGAAUAUUGUGUGAUGACAUUAAUGACAUGUUAUCAAUGUCCCACUACGUACUGUGCCAAGAGUAGUACAUCAAGUAAUUCGACAAACGCCUCAACAAAUACGAACGGUUCCACCACAGGUGCUUCUGUCAAUGGGAAACUUGUUGGGGGAGUUGUAGGUGGUGUAGUUGGUGGGGUUGUGUUACUUGUCGGAUUAGCCUUGGUAUUUCUAUACCGAAAGUAUUGGAAACCUAGAAGGUUAGCCAAUAGAUUACAGAAUAAACGUAUGAGUGAAGGUCUAGAAGAUUUAGAAAUAGAUUUUGACGAUGAUGAAGACGAUGAUGAUUUUGACGAAUAUGAUGGUGAUGAGGAAGAAGAAAACAACUCAACAAGGAAAGAAAAUAUUGGUGUUACAACAAAUUCAAGAGCAUCUCAGCAAUUACAUUCGAAUGACGCCCUCGGAAUAAGAGGAAACCGAAGCAGUACAUCAACAGUCCGUACCAAGGCGUCAAAUAUCUUACCUAUUGCAUAUAUUCCAGGUGUUACUAGUGCAGGCAUUAAGAAACCACCACAUUCUUUCAAGGGGCUAAAUAAUAGCCCAUUGAAUAGAGCAGGGGAUAUUAGAUCACAUAUUACGCUGGGAUCAUCAAUUUUGGGAGAUGAUGACGAUGAUGAACUAUACAAUGAAUCGAACGAGAUCGAUAUGGGUCAGGCAAACACCGCUUCCCUUCAAAUGAAUAGUAAAAACCAGAGGAAUAUGGCGCCCGCAAGUUUAACGACGGCAAUAAGGGCUAAACCAAAACUGGUUCAAAUUACAGAAGAGGAAAAUGAAGAGUUCCCCGAAGACAAUACCCCAGCGACCGAAACUCCUCAACAGGAAGACAAGAAUGAUACCCAAGAGGUGAAUACUUUAGGAGAAGAAAGUGAUGACAAUGAAGGUAGUUUCAUAUUAGAUCUUGAAUUCCCAGAGUCAUUAAGAGACGAACCACACACAGAAGGAGAGGGCUCGCAGAAAGUAGAAAGUCCGUUUGAAGAUAAAUUCAGGAUUGAAGAUUGA